AAAUAUAACGAGAACAAAAAAGUAUAAUGAGAAAUGAUUAAUUAAAUUUAAUUCUGGAGUAGAUCCAUCACCGUCGGAUUCUCAUCGUAGGGAUUGGAAGUGGCCGAAGAUUGUUAGUAGCGGUAACCGACACCCUACAUGGAUAACGGGUAGUUAACGGAACGUCGGCGCCGUCUGAUCCGACCGUUCUCAUAUAAAAGGCUCCUCUCCCCCCGUACCGCGCUUAGGAGAACAGAGACGGCGGAGCGGAGCGGAGCGGUGAGAUGGCGUCAUCGGAGAUCGGGCUCGCAUGCGCGCUGGGCGGCGGAGGAUGGGAUGCGGAGGUGACGUCCAUCAUGGAGCGGAUUCGGUCGGCGGACGUGGGUAACAGGAUCCAGGCGGCGAGGGAGAUCCGGCGGCUGACGAAGACAUCGCCCAGGCACCGGAGGCAGCUCUCUGGGGCCGUGGGCCCCCUCGUAUCGAUGCUUCAGUCGGACAGCCUUGAGUCCGGGGACGCCGCUAUCCUCGCUCUCCUGAAUCUUGCCGUCAGGGACGAAAGCAAUAAAAUCAAGAUAGUGGAAGCUGGUGCACUCGAUCCCCUCAUUCAUUUCUUGCAAUCGACAAAUUCUAGCCUCCAAGAAUAUGCCACUGCAGCUCUCCUUACCCUCUCCGCUUCAUCCAUCAACAAGCCUACCAUCAGCGCCUCUGAUGCCAUCCCCCUCCUCGUCAGAAUCCUCAGAGAUGGAAACCAACAAGCCAAGAUCGACGCUGUCAUGGCUCUUUGCAAUCUUUCCACAAUCCCAGAGAACCUUAUUGUCAUCCUGCCACUCCAACCCAUUCCUUCUCUGAUAUGUUUGCUGAAGAGCUGCAAGAAGUCGUCCAGAACAGCCGAAAGGUGCAGCGCCCUCUUGGAAUCACUGGCGAGCUUCGACGAAGGACGGACUGCUUUGACAGCUGCAGAGGGCGGAGUGCUGACAGUGGUGCAGGUACUCGAAGAAGGGUCGCUCCGCAGUAGAGAGCAUGCCGUGGGAACCCUGCUGACGAUGUGCGAGAGUGAUCACUGUAGAUACAGAGAACUCAUUCUCAAAGAAGGUGCCAUUCCCGGUCUGCUCGAGCUCACCGUUCAGGGGACUCCAAAGUCUCAGGUGAAAGCUCGGUCGCUGCUUCAGCUGCUGAGAAGCUCUCGCCACGAGAGGGCCGAGUUACAAGCAGACGCUCUUGACAGCAUCGUUUGUAACAUCGUCUCCAAUAUUGACGGUGAUGAUCAGGCAGGGAAGGCAAAGAAGAUGUUGGCCGAGAUGGUUCAGAACAGCAUGGAGCAGAGCUUGAGGCAUUUACAGCAGAGGGCUUUUGUUGUGCGCUCCGAAUGAACCCCCACUCCUCGGUGACUGCCCUGCAGACUCUUCCAGAUGACCGUCUUCUUCGUUCUAAUUUGUCGGUCGAUUUCUCUGAUAGGGAAUAAAUGACACAGAACUACUGUGCCAGUCCAGGCCGCUGGUGGUAUCGGGUGACUGGUGAAAGUGUCGAUGUAUUGUUUUCGUAUGUUGUCUUCUACCUCUGUACCGUCAUCUCUGUCAAGUGUUGAUAGAAGAAGAAGUAAACAGAACAUACUCUGCAACACAUUGAAGAAGU